ACCAAUUCGAGUUUAGUUGCGCACGAUGUCAUUUUUGGCGCAUGUCAAGUGGCUCCGCCGGCGACUUGAUGGCAAACUAAGUCUGCGCGGUUGUCAACUCGUUCAUUUAUGUGAUAGGCAGCAAAGCAAGAGGACCUCCAGGACCAAGAAAAGACCCAGAUUCAUAUGCACACUUCUGAAUCAACAGCCCUCAUCGCUUAUAAUCCAUCAAACAAUUCAAUCAUCCACUUCUGAAUCAACAGCCCUCAUCACUUAUAAUCCAACAAACAGUAAGAAGUUAUCAAGUAUCUAUCAGGCAAUUCAAUCAUCCACUUCUGAAUCAACAGCCCUCAUCGCCUUCAAUCCAACAAACAGAAGUUAUCAAAUUCAAUCAUCCACUUCUGAAUCAACAGCCCUAGUCGCCUUCAAUCCAACAAACAGUAAGAAGUUAUCAAGUAUCUAUCAGGCAAUUCAAUCAUCCACUUCUGAAUCAACAGCCCUCAUCACUUAUAAUCCAUCAAACAAUUCAAUCAUCCACUUCUGAAUCAACAGCCCUAGUCGCCUUCAAUCCAACAAACAGUAAGAAGUUAUCAAGUAUCUAUCAGGCAAUUCAAUCAUCCACUUCUGAUUCAACAGCCCUCAUCGCU